CGGAAGGCGCGAGCCGGUCUGACGGUUGUCAACAGAGUCCCGCGCUUUUAUUUUGAUUUAUUCUCGUUCAGAAUGGCGCAAUUCCACGAGGAUCCGGCGCUGCUCACUAAAGAGAAGCUGAAGAGCGAGUUACUGGCUAAUAACGUCCCUCUGCCCAGCGCCGACAGCAAGAAAGACGUGUAUGUGCAGCUUUAUCUGAAGAACCUGACGGCGCUCAACAAGAAGAACAUCUCUGCUCCCGCUCCGGACACUUUCUCCAGCGACGAGGAGGCGAUGACAGCGCCGCCGGUGACCAACAGCAGCCGCUCGGGGAAG